GCGGCGGCCCGGCCCCCCGGCCCGGCUGGAGUUGUGUAACGGGGCCCGCGGGGCCGCGCCGCCGGGAGGAGCCGCGGGGGAACGAGUGCUUGCAGGAAGAGGAGCAGCACAGCUGGUUGAGGUGGUGACGCUCUGACUUCUCUCCUCUGGCAGAUCCCCCCCUGCAGAGAUGCUCGGCGGCGGGACAGUCGUGACCACCGGUUGCGUGCCGUCCUCUUUUUGGGGGGACACGUUGUAAAGACCCCAAAGUGUCAGCCAAGCAACUCUUGAGGGAUCGUGUAACCCAAAAGCCAAGGGUUCCCUUCCUCUUUUAGUGGGUCUGAGGAGGACAGCCAGGAUGCUGCAUCGCACUAUUCACCUUUUCCGGAAAGGACUUCGGCUUCAUGACAACCCGGCGCUGCUGGCUGCCCUCGAGUCCUCGGAGGCCAUCUACCCCGUCUACAUCCUGGACAGAAAGUUCAUGACAUCCGUGAUGCACAUAGGGGCCCUGCGGUGGCAUUUUCUGCUGCAGUCCCUGGAGGAUCUCCAGAAAAACUUGUCUCAGCUGGGCUCCUGCUUGCUGGUUAUUCAAGGAGAAUACGAGUCUGUUCUUAGAGAUCAUGUCCAGAAGUGGAAUAUCACGCAAGUGACUCUGGAUGCGGAGAUGGAACCGUUUUACAAGGAGAUGGAGGCCAACAUACGACGUCUGGGAGAAGAGCUGGGCUUUGAGGUCCUUUCCCUGGUGGGCCACAGUCUGUACGACACCAAACGGAUUUUGGACCUAAACGGCGGUUCUCCCCCAUUAACAUACAAGAGAUUCCUUCACAUUCUGUCUCUGCUCGGUGACCCCGAGGUGCCUGUCCGAAACAUUACAGCUGAAGACUUCCAGAGGUGUAGGGCCCCCGAGCUGUGCCUGGCUGAGUGUUACAGGGUGCCUCUCCCUGUGGAUUUGAAGAUCCCCCCGGAGAGCCUUUCCCCCUGGAAAGGAGGGGAGACCAAAGGGCUGCAGCGCCUGGAGCAACACUUGACUGACCAGGGCUGGGUGGCAAGUUUUACUAAACCAAGAACAAUCCCAAAUUCGCUGCUUCCAAGCACCACGGGCCUGAGCCCGUAUUUCAGUAUGGGCUGUCUGUCAGUUCGCACCUUUUUUUAUAGGUUGUCAAACAUUUAUGCUCAGGCCAAGCAUCACUCUCUGCCCCCAGUGUCACUGCAAGGGCAGCUUUUGUGGAGGGAAUUCUUCUAUACGGUGGCAUCAGCAACACCAAACUUCACCAAAAUGGCUGGGAACCCCAUCUGCCUUCAGAUCAGUUGGGAUGAGGACGCAGAGAGGCUCCACAAAUGGAAAACGGCACAGACAGGGUUCCCGUGGAUUGAUGCGAUUAUGACCCAGCUGCACCAGGAAGGUUGGAUCCAUCACCUUGCUCGGCACGCUGUCGCCUGCUUCCUGACACGGGGGGACCUUUGGAUCAGCUGGGAAGAGGGCAUGAAGGUGUUUGAAGAGCUGCUUCUAGAUGCUGACUACAGCAUCAACGCAGGGAACUGGAUGUGGCUGUCGGCCAGCGCAUUCUUCCACCAGUACACCCGGAUCUUCUGCCCCGUCCACUUCGGGAGGCGCACGGACCCCGAGGGGCAAUACGUCCGCAAAUACUUGCCUGUACUAAAGAACUUUCCCUCUAAGUACAUCUAUGAGCCCUGGAUGGCAUCUGAAGAGGAGCAGAAGCAAGCGGGAUGUAUCAUAGGUCGAGAUUACCCCUUCCCGAUGGUGAACCACAAAGAAGCCAGUGAUCACAACCUACAGCUGAUGAAACAGGUCCGCGAGGAGCAGUACGGAACAGCCCAGCUGACGAGAGAUGAUACAGAUGACCCAAUGGAAAUGAAGGUAAAACGUGACGACUCUGAAGAAAAAGUUUCAAAAAGAAAAGUGGCCAGGAUGACAGAAUAAACCAAGUUCCCCUCAGGGAUUAUCUGUUGGGAACCAAAAAGCGGCAGAAGGGGAGAGCCAGAGGCCAGCUGAACUGGACAAACUGUACUCAGGACUUUGCCCUGCGGAUGGUGACUCCUGCUUGUAAACUGGCCUCCAAAAAAAGUGGUGUAUCUUCAGGUGUUAGCGCAGUUAUCUUGAAUGAAAUUGUCUGUGAGUGGCUUACAAGCAGUUUGCUGCAGCUGUAGGGUAAAUUCAAGAGGUGACUGGUUUUAACAGGACAUGAUGCUAUAGUAUUGUUCAAAUCCACUUGACGUUCGUGUGUCUGUAUAAAUAAUUGUAGUGAUAAGUACUAGUCUUUCCAGCUUAUUCCAGCAGAUAAAUGUUGGUUGAAGAAUAUAUGCACAUUAAUGUGAUCGUGCAUUAGUGUUAAAAGCUUGAUCUGCCUGUGUUGUAGAGACAGAGGCUUAGGGAUUUUCAGAUACAGUUUUUAAAUUCACAGUGUGUGCUUGCAGUGCCCUGUUUGGGGAGAUAAAGCAGAAUGCAGCCCCUUGUGGGGUUGCGUGUCAUUCUUAUGACCCAAAUGGGACUUGUUCUGCAUGCUAAGGGCAACAUUGCAAAACAUCUCACUGAAUUAGGGCUGAUGUAUGACUUUGCCAUAACUCACCUUCUUGGCUAAUUCCUCUAGAACUGUGGGGUGAAUAUUAUUUCUAUCAUGUAGCACAUGUAAAAAGUUAUCCUUUCGUUGAAAUGUCUUGUGAAGUUUCACAAGGCUGGAUUAGUCAAUUAUCUUUGUUGUGGUUGGGGUUUUGGUGGGGAGGGGAGUGGAGUGGGUUUUUAAUCAUUGUAGGUACUAUUUUUAGUCUUAAAAGAAGUAAAAAUUAUUUCUGACGUGAAAAAUGUAAGGUCACUAGAGCAAUGCAUUAUCACAGUUGGUAUCCAUCUAUCCUUUUUGGAAGCCUGGCUGCAAGGCAGCUCUGGGACUGUCAGACGGAUGCGAGAGGCUGGCAGCGGGCUCAUGGAGGUGCUGAUGUUACUUGUCAUCUCAGCUCUUCAGCAGAACUAGUAAUCUGCAGGAUGGCAAGGAUGAGAGGCAGCUGUGGAACCCUUUGUGAGAGGGAGAAGGUCAGUGCAGUGCUGGUUACUCUGGGGAAGACGGCUGCUGCUCUGGAGCCUCCCGGCAUCCAUCCCCUUUUUAGUUGGGUUCCUUCCUGUGCUGAAAGGGAGUUGGGGCCUCCGUGCCUGCGGUGCUGUCAGCCGGUGCAGGCGGCCGGAGGAAUGCAGAACUGGUUCUUGCCUCGUGUUUUAAGGCACAGUCAUUGCCUUCAAGCCCAAAAUGGGCUGGACUCUGGGUCCCUCAAACAGUUCUACCUUGGAGUGCUCUGUGUCACCGGAGUUCCGUUGUGAGUCCUGGGAGCCGCCUGGUAGAGCAGCAGACAGGACCGUCAGCAGCUGCCGAGUAUCUUUUGCUGUUCAGCAUCGCCGCUAAUGUUGUGGCACAGGAGAUGUGUGGUCUUUUGUUACCAGCUGGGGUUUAACCAUGACAAAUCCAAAUCAUCCUCUCAAAGAGAAGACCGGAGUAGCAUUUAAUGAAUAAACAACUUGUCAGUUCUGCACACAAGUAUCUGCUUUCAUUAGACACGCAGUGAGCUCAAAGUCAAACCCAAAUGGUGCUGGAUGAACAGGCAGGAAAAGGAGACACAGUUGAGCUGGGCUUCCCCAAACUGCAUCAAAAUUGAUGUUUGUGUGAAGUCUGUGGGUCUGUGUUGCAAUUUGGGGGAAGCUGAGUUAUACCUCACUCAACAUGUUUGAAUUUAGCGCGAGGAAAAAAUUAUGAGUAUGAAAAAAACUCCGAGAAAUAUUUAGUUUAGUUUCUUAUACAUGAAAAAGGCAAAGAUGUACCUUUCUGUUAACAGAGGCUGGAGUACUUUGCCAGUUCACCGGGAGCUUGAAAGGCUUGACAAGAAUUGCCUAAAUCUGAACAAACCUGAGGUCCCCAGAAGCCCAGCUGGCCUCCUCUCGCAAUAAAAACUGAAUGGUAAAUUCUUCUUGGGAACGGAGAUCCCGCUGUGGGCAGGAUCGUACCACAGAGAAAACAAGCUGCUCGGAUCAGCAGCUCCCAUCUAACUGAGCAAAGCAUCUGCAGGGCACAAGGCUAAGGGAUCGACUGGUGAACUUUAAAUCACUUUUCAG